ACCAUGCAAUAGCACUCCAGCCGUAGGCUAUAACCUUUUUCCUGGGAAUAACAUUUGGGAAACUGCUAAACAGUCACUGAACAAGACCUGUGCAACUCAGUGCGAAGGUCCAAAGAUUCCAUAGACUGAAGAGAGGAGUGGCUCAAAAAUCGUCUUGCUAAACCCCUUGAGGAAUAUUCGGCGUCUCGCACCAUCGCCGAGAGGGGACAGCCCAACCAACUGACAGACAAACGCGCGGCACCAAUAUGUUCAUGCAUGGUGAGAAUAUUCAGGCACGAACGGCUUUUAAUUACACAAACUGAAAUCUAUCACGAAAUGGGCAUCAUCACAACCCGCUGACUCCAGGUGCAGAUUGUAAUACCUUAUCGGAGCUAAACGUAGCCUGAGCUCUAUUUUUCAGAUAAAGGCAAGACUAUAAUCGUAUUGGCUCGACAAAAUAACUCACGGAGGUAGGCUUCAUUUAUGGACAUAGACAAGAAUAAAGAAAUCUUAUUCUAUUUUUUUUGGAUAAAUCAGAUCAGUGUGAUGUGGGAAAGUGCGGUUUGGGCGAAACAUGCAGGUUAUUUCUCCAUGUAACUGUGAAGAAAGAAUAACCCAUUGUGUCACUGUUUAGAUUAUUGGUAUCCGAAUAUGAGAUGUUUCGUGGCAGUGUUCUUCCUUUGACAUCACCAUUUAAAGCGUGCUUUUUGUAGGCUAAGUGCGCGGAAUUGAUUAGAGAUGUCAUUUUAUUUAAUGACAGAAGGCUACGGGUGUAGACGAAAGAAAUGUAACCUAGGUAUAUGCAACUGGUUUAAAUGAGGUAAAAUCAAAUUGUCAGUAUUUUAUUAUGUGGGGUUAAAUAGAGAAAUGAAUGAACACAUUGAAUUAUGUCUUGAAACACCACCAGGCAGGGCAGAUUGCCAUUUCGAAGACAAAUCCAUUGGGUUACACAUGCGGCAGUCUUGGAGAUAAUCCACGCCACUAUCAAGCACUUGUUAGGUUUCCUAUUCAUAAAUAUGCAAUUAUCAGUUUAAUUACCCCCGUGCGGUGAUUUCAAAUGGAUGUUGGCAGCUGGGUACCGACCGCAGGGGACGGGUCUGCAAAUUUGACUGCGGCCAACCUUUUGCUGGACUUCCAAAACGCUUCGGGUCCAAGUACACCAUGGGAUAACGAGGUGACACGUUUGAAGAAUCAGCAGCGCCUCACCCAAGAACAAGUCUACCGGGACUUUACCACCACCAUACAAGUUCUUGUCCUGAUUGGGUGUCUGUUUGGCAAUGCCAUGGUGCUGUGGUGCACCUGCUGCACCAACGUCUUCAAGUCUGUGACCAGGUGCUUCAUCAAGAACCUGGCGUGUUCUGGUAUCUGUGCCGGCCUGGUGUGUGUGCCGUUCGACGUGGCCUUGGGCGCUAGCCCUCCUUGUUGCUGGUGGCUCCACACACUGCUGGUCUGCAAGACUAUCAAGUUUCUGCACAAGCUCUUCUGCUCUGUCACCGUGUUAAGCUUUGCUGUCAUCGCUCUCGACAGAUACUACUCUGUCCUGUACCCUCUAGAAAGGAAGAUCUCGGAUACCAAAUCUCGAGAACUGGUCAUCUACGUGUGGAUCCACGCUGCCGUGGUGAGCGUGCCCGUGUUCGCCGUCACCAACGUAACGGACAUUUACGCCACGUCCUCCUGCUCGGACAGCCGGCCCCGCUCCAUGGGCCACCUGGUCUAUGUGGUGGUGUACAACGUCACCACGGUUAUCCUUCCUCUGGCCGUGGUCUUCCUGUUUAUGGUCCUGAUCCGUCGAGCCCUCAGCACUAGCCAGAAGAAGAAAGUCAUCAUUGCUGCUUUGAGGACACCUCAGAACAGCAUCUCCAUCCCGUACGUGUCCCAGCGCGAGGCUGAGCUCCAUGCCACCCUCCUGGCUGUGGUGCUGGCCUUCUCGGCCUGCAGCGCCCCCUACGGAGUCCUGGUGGUCUACCGCAGCAUCCUGGGGGAGAGCGAGGAGCUGUCUCCCUCCCUGUACCUCACGGCCAUCUGGCUGCCCAAGCUGUCCCUGCUCACCAACCCUCUGCUGUUCUUGACGGUGAACCGUUCCGCCCGGCGGUGCCUGCUGGACCUGGUGGCCCGGCUGCACAGACGCUACAGCCGCCGCAACGUGGUCAGUACCGCGGGGCUGGGUGGCGAGGGCGGAGCCGGGGGGCCCGUGGGGCUCGAGGCCUCGGCCCGCUCAGGUAGCCAGCUUCUGGAAAUGUUCAACAUUGGGCAGCAGCAGAUCUUCCGACCCACCGAUGAAGAAGAGGAGGAGGUGGAGAAUGAGAUCCCCACAACAGGGCUUGGGACUCAGUUGAAUGAGGACCUCCAGGAAAGGCCAAGACUUGUAGGGCAGGGGGAGGCCACUGGCCCCCACUUGGAUACCUUGCCACAGGCUGGAGUUGGGGAGGGAACAGUUGUGGCCAAGGAGAUCCCUCCCCCUGCCGUAGCUCUGCGGGGGUCCCCGAUCCACACCUGCGCUUAUACCUCCUCGGCACAGGUGGCCCCGGCCACGCCCACGGAGCCUGAGGACGCCACCCAGUUUGGGUUUGGGCCCUUUGAGCUGCCGCCCCAGUGGCUGCCUGAGACCAGGAACAGUAAGAAGAGACUGCUGCCCCCCUUGGGGAACACUCCGGAAGAGCUGAUCCAGACCAAGCAGCCCCGCCCACGGCCCGAGCGCCGCAUCAGCAGAAACAACAAGGUCAGCACGUUCCCCAGUGUUGACCCCUGAACCCUCACCUAUGACUAGCCUUCCGACCUAGGACCCAGGCAGCACUGGCUGGAAGUCAGAUUUGACAGUGAUGGACGUACCUGGUUGGCCUUCACACAGUUUUUUCUUUCUUUCUAUCUUUCUCUGAAACAAUUGACUUGUACUGUCUGCUAAAUACCAGAAGGGAUGCCUAUUGUGCUUUCCAGUUAUUGACAAAAAAAUCUUGACUACUCAUUCUAUGUGACUAUGUCACCUAUAGUAUACCAUUCUAGUCACUUAUAGUAUACUAUAUUCUGUGAGCAUUCCAGCUUGUGAUCAGGAUAAGGUCCGUGUUAGGAUUUCAUCACAGGAGCUGGAAUCCAUCUUUAUCACAUGGAUAAAAUUUCUUGCGAUUUACAAAUCCAAUAAUCUCGUUGUAAGGAAGCAGACACUCAAAGUUAUAAUUUAUUUUCUAAAACAACUGAUAAAACUUUUCUUCAGUCACUAUUAUUAUACUGUAUACUGUGCAUUAUUAUGUUGCAAGGCAGGUUAGUUCAAUAAUGAAUUUCUGUAUUAAUUCUUUCACCUCUACUGUUUGUGGAAACAUUGUGCUUUCACACACUGUAUAGUCUGUUAACUGGGGCUUACGUCAUCAAAGUGAGUCAGCCAUACUUCGUUCAGAAAUAUCUGUAAUGCCUGUGCCAACCUUAUAUUUAUGUUGUUUUUUAUGUAGAUUUUCCUUCUUGAGGUGCAGCGGCAUAGCCUUUCUGCUCUACUGCCUUUGAGUUGCCCCCCCCCCCCCCCUCCGAUUUGCACUCAAAGGUGAAUUGAAUCUAAUGAAUAAUUACAUGACAAUGCAAUUGUACAGUAAAUAUG